GAGUGGCCAAUGGAAGAUUAGUUGUAAUCCAGUUGGUUUCCUGUGUGAUAUAUUUCAACUUUGCACUUCUAGAGGGUGCCAAAGGUAGUAUAAUAAUGACAUUGCUGGGGGCUGCCUUUGAAAUAAUUUUCGGAAAUGGGAUGGUUUGCAUAAUGCCAACUAAAUGUGAAGACCUCAAAGGCUUUGCAAAUGGCAAUUACUUCCCACCUUCAUCCUUCAAACUGCUGUUUAGACUUAGGACCCGUGGGGAUUUGGCUUUCUUAAAUCUGGGAAUUCCUGUGUCUCAUGUCAUCUUUCAGAGAUGGCUUUCUGAGAAUUGUUCUAAUCAUAUUUUUGCCACACUAAUUCUGAAAGGCUGAUGUGUCCUAUGCUCCAAUUCCCUCUGAAUUAAAAUAAAAAUUCCUCUAAAAUGCAGCCAGUUCAUAAGGAGGCAGAGAGAACUCCUCAACAUGCUUAACUGCACCCCGCUGUCAAGCCUGCCUAAUAUGCAACCCAGCAAACACUUCCUGUUGAGAUAACUCUUCUAAGAAGGUUUAAGCAACUUUUUAGGAUUCAAAUUGGAAAGCCACAACAAACAAUCCUGGCAAAGUGAAAUGGUCAUUUGAUCAGCUCCACAAUACAACUGAGCAGUGUUACACUGUGUCUUGGGUAAUUUAAGAUAAAACCUGAAUGAGCUGGAAACUGCUUCCAUUCUUAACUUGAUCAGAGCAAACAUGUUCUUAUGGGACCACAUGGAUGAUAUUAUGUUAUUAAUUUAUCUCCUAGCCUAGACAUAAAAAAGGCCAAUAUUACUUUUAAUGACCUUUAACAUAGAUAGGAUUCUUUCCCCUAAAUUGUCCUAUUCUACCUCUUUUUAAAAUUAUUUCCCCCAAUUAACAAGCAUUUAUUUUCUCUCCCACCUUCCCAUAUACCAAGAUAAGCUUCAAAUGUAUAUAGUUCUUAUAUAUAAAAGGUUUUUACAGCAUUUUACAUUUACAGCAGCAAUGAAGAAAUAGUAUUGAUAUGGGAAGAGUUUAUGCCCAAAUAAGGGACAGAGAAGAUCAGAAGACAAAAUGGACAAUUCUGAUUAUAUAAAAUUAAAAAGUUUUUACACAAACAAAACCAAUGCAUUUACCAGUCUCCAUCACAAGACAGGAUAUAGACUGUAUAAUGUGUAGUAAGGAUUUGUAGAAUUUACUUCAAUUUCCAUGCCGUCCCGGAAAUCCUCUGGAGAGGGUGAUCUGUAAUCUGACACAUGCCACAUCUCAUCACAGCCUGCUCUGUCUUUGCUACAGGGGUGUGUAUAUUCGCCUAGGGCUCCUACGAUUCCUUCAGGCGGAGCUAUGGUAGGGGUGAGGAAAGGGAGGAGAAGAGGGGUGACAGUGGGGCUUGUUGCUCUGAAGAUUUACAAUGUACUUCUUGCAGGCUGCUCAGCAACCCCCUCUGGAGCUGUGGGUGUCUUGUGUGACAGAGCGGAGAAAAGCUCUCUAAUCUCUCUGUGCCUGUCUCAGCUGCUCAGCCUUCCCCCACCCCCUUCCUCCUCUCUCUCCCUCUCCUUUGCCUUUCUCAGGGAGUUUCAGUCACUGAAUGCAGCCUGGGUAGCCUUUGCAAUCUAGUCUGGGCGCGUGUGUAUGCACACACGCGCGCACACACGCGCACACACACACACACUCUCGCGCGCAUACACACACACACUCACACACACGCACACGCACUGUCUCUCCCCACGGGGAUAUAUACUGGAAGGGAUCCCAGAGCAUCACCUACCUGAAGGUCCAGGCUGCCUGGCCACUUCUUGUUCACUUGCCAUCUCUGGAGGGAAGACACAUCCAAGCCAGAGAGAGCAGCUGUCCCAUCCUCAAUCCCAAGCCGCUUGCUAGCUGCGGCCAAGGCAGUGGAGGAAAAGGGAACGAACAGCGAGAAGGGGGGCUCUCUCUCAGGCACUGCCGUCACCCCGAGCCCUCCUUGCCUCCCAAGCUGUGCGGUGUGUGGCUCCGGCUUUGCCCGCCGCUGCUGCCGCUGCCACCGCAACUGCCGGCAGCUCCUUACCACCAGGAACGCUGAGAACCACUGCGGGAGGUGGAGUUGGAGACCGCGGGAGCUCCAACUUCCCCAGCCAGACUCCACCUCGGUCCCUCUGCAGGCUCUUUUCUCUCCUCUUCCUCGCCACUGGCAGAAGCCCUGGGAAGCUCCCGCGGCCGCAAAGGAGGCUAGAGAGCGCUGCUGUGUGGAAGAUGCGGGAGGCAGCCGGCUGAAAGAGGGGCGGGGGCAGCAUGUGCUGAAGACUCCUGGCCGUCCAGCCAGCGGCAGUGGCGGCACAUAAGCGCAGCUGGAGAAGUAGAGGGCGCGCUCGAGGUGGGGUGGCCCAGAGAAGGGGCACAGCGGCUUCUCCAAGUUGGGCUUGUCCCAGACGGAGCCUUUGGGGCCGGGACUACAGGGAGAGAUGCGAGAACUGAGCGGGAGUGCGGACGCUGUGGGGUGCUCUUGCCCGUGUCCCCCCUGAAAGCUCCUGGGUCAGCGAGCCCACGGUCCGGCCCCCAUCUCCAGUCCCCGAGUCGCGCGCCCAGGGCCCCCAGCUGUUCUCUCAGAUGUCUGCGCUCUUGGCGGCCGCGGAGGCUGCGGCCGCAGCCGGCCCGCAGGAGGUGCCCGAGGGAGCCGGGGAGGGGGAGGCCGUGUGAUGGCCCUGGACGGAGAACGGGAGCAAGAAGAAGACAAGAAAAAGAAGAAGAAGAAAAAGAAGAGGAGGAAGAAGAAGGAGGGGGCCGAGAAGAGCAGCGUGCCCUUCAGCCCCAUGAUGAUCGAGGACGACGCGGCGCUCCGGAGCGGCAGCAGGGGGCUCUCGGACCAGUGGGCGGACUCGGUGGGGGUGCGGCCCCGCACCACGGAGCGCCACAUCACCGUGCACAAGCGGCUGGUGCUCGGCUUCGCAGUGUCCAUUCUGGCGCUGCUGGUGGUGACCAUGAUCGCGGUGCUCCUCAGCUUGCGCUUCGAGGAGUGUGGGGCCAGUGCAGCUGCAGCCGCUGCCUCGGGGGCUGAGGCAGAGGGCGCUCCUGGCGGGGCUCCGGCUCGGACCAGCAGCAACAGCAGCGGCACAAGCUCGUCCCGGCUCGAUCACCGGGCUGUAGGGGAGCCUGGGCGUCCGGGGACGCCUGGCGCUGCUCCCGGGAGCCUGGCACCCAAGGAGGUGUCGGAGGAGGAGGAACAGGGACGUUGGCAGCCCUGGACUCAGCUGCGCCUUCCCGGCCACCUGAAACCCUUGCAUUACAACCUGAUGCUGACCAUCUUCAUGGAAAACUUUACUUUCUCCGGGGAGGUCAACGUGGAGAUAGAGUGCCUGAACGCCACCCGCUACAUCGUACUGCACGCCUCAAGGGUGGUGGUGGAAAGGGUGCAGGUGGCAGAGGAUCGCGCCUUCGGGGCAGUGCAGGUCGCCCGCUACUUCCUGUAUCCCCAAAACCAGGUCUUCGUAGUGGUGCUCAACCGGACCCUGGAGGCGCAGAGGAAUUACAACCUCAAAAUCAUUUACAACGCCUUGAUUGAGAAUGAGCUGCUGGGCUUCUUCCGCAGCUCCUACGUGCUUCAUGGGGAGAGAAGGUUCCUUGGUGUGACACAGUUCUCUCCGACACAUGCAAGAAAGGCCUUUCCUUGUUUUGAUGAACCCAUCUAUAAGGCGACUUUUAAAAUCAGCAUCAAGCAUCAAGCCACAUAUUUGUCUUUAUCUAAUAUGCCAGUGGAAACUUCAGUUUUUGAGGAAGAUGGAUGGGUUACUGAUCAUUUCUCACAGACCCCGCUCAUGUCCACCUAUUACUUAGCCUGGGCUGUGUGCAACUUCACCUUUCGGGAGAUGGUCACAAAGAGUGGAGUUGUUGUCCGAUUAUAUGCAAGACCUGACGCAGUCAGAAGAGGAUCUGGGGAUUAUGCUCUCCAUAUAACAAAGAGAUUGAUAGAAUUUUAUGAAGACUACUUCAAAGUGCCCUACUCACUACCAAAACUAGAUCUUUUAGCUGUGCCUAAGCAUCCAUAUGCUGCCAUGGAGAACUGGGGACUAAGUGUGUUUGUGGAGCAAAGAAUACUGCUGGAUCCCAGUAUUUCAUCCAUUUCCUAUUUGCUGGAUGUCACAAUGGUCAUUGUACAUGAAAUAUGCCACCAGUGGUUUGGUGACCUUGUGACUCCGGUCUGGUGGGAGGAUGUAUGGCUGAAGGAAGGCUUUGCUCACUAUUUUGAAUUUGUUGGGACUGACUACCUCUACCCAGGCUGGAAUAUGGAAAAACAGAGAUUUCUGACAGAUGUGCUCCAUGAAGUGAUGCUAUUGGAUGGCCUGGCCAGUUCACACCCAGUAUCCCAAGAAGUGAUCCAUGCCACUGACAUUGACCGGGUGUUUGACUGGAUUGCAUAUAAAAAGGGUGCAGCUUUAAUUCGAAUGUUGGCUAAUUUUAUGGGACAUUCAGUAUUUCAGAGAGGAUUGCAAGAUUAUUUAACCAUUCACAAAUAUGGCAACGCAGCCAGAAAUGAUCUAUGGAAUACACUGUCAGAGGCUUUACGAAAGAAUGGAAAAUAUGUAAAUAUUCAAGAAGUGAUGGAUCAAUGGACUCUCCAGAUGGGUUAUCCUGUCAUCACCAUCUUGGGAAAUGGAACAGUUGACAAUAUAAUAGCCAUUACCCAGCAACAUUUUAUUUAUGACAGCAGGACUAGAGUUAAGACUCCUGAGUUUGGAAACAACAGUUACCUAUGGCAGAUUCCAUUAACUCUUGUAGUAGGAAAUAGGAGCCAUAUCUCAUCAGAGACAAUUAUAUGGGUGUCUAACAAAUCAGAACAUCACAGAAUUACUUUGGACAAAGGAAGUUGGUUGCUGGGGAAUAUCAAUCAAACUGGCUACUUUAGGGUCAACUAUGAUCUAAGGAAUUGGAGAUUAUUAAUUGACCAACUAAUACGGAACCAUGAGGUUCUCUCUGUCAGUAAUCGUGCAGGUUUGAUCGAUGAUGCCUUCAGCCUAGCAAGAGCUGGCUAUUUGCCUCAGAAUAUUCCCCUGGAGAUUAUCAGAUACCUUUCGGAGGAGAAGGAUUUUCUUCCUUGGCAUGCUGCCAGCCGGGCCCUUUAUCCUUUAGAUAAAUUACUGGACCGAAUGGAGAACUACAAUGUCUUCAAUGAAUACAUUUUAAAACAAGUGGCAACGAUGUACAUCAAGCUUGGCUGGCCAACAAAUAAUUUUAAUGGAUCCCUUGUUCAGGCAUCUUACCAACAUGAAGAAUUACGUCGAGAAGUUAUAAUGUUGGCAUGCAGCUUUGGUAACAAACACUGUCACCAGCAGGCUUCAACACUCAUUUCAGACUGGAUUUCCAGCAAUAGGAACCGAAUACCUCUAAAUGUCAGAGACAUCGUCUAUUGUACGGGAGUUUCACUAUUAGAUGAAGAUGUCUGGGAAUUCAUCUGGAUGAAAUUCCACUCCACAACAGCAGUAUCUGAGAAGAAAAUAUUAUUGGAAGCUUUAACUUGUAGCGAUGACAGAAACUUAUUAAAUCGGCUUCUGAAUCUAUCGCUGAAUUCUGAGGUGGUGUUGGAUCAAGAUGCAAUUGAUGUCAUAAUCCAUGUAGCUCGAAAUCCACAUGGCAGAGAUCUUGCAUGGAAGUUUUUCAGAGAUAAAUGGAAGAUAUUAAAUACCAGAUAUGGAGAAGCUUUAUUUAUGAAUUCCAAGCUGAUCAGUGGAGUCACAGAAUUUCUUAAUACAGAAGGAGAACUCAAUGAGCUGAAAAACUUCAUAAAGAACUAUGAUGGAGCAGCAGCUGCAUCCUUCUCCCGGGCUGUGGAGACGGUAGAAGCCAACGUCAGAUGGCAAAAGUAUUACAAAGAAGAACUUUUCCACUGGUUACGAAAAGCCCUCAGGCACUAGUCUGUGACCCUCAAAAACAACAUAACAUGAAAUACCAGGAGAGAAAGUAGUUUCAUUCAAAAGGAAAAUGCUUCCCAUCGGAAGAGCAAAGACAAGAUCGGAUUCGCAGGGUGUUUGGUGGGGUAGAAUCAUUCUUGUUUUGUUCUGUUCUCAGCUUUGUUUUGUAUGAGGCUCCUUCUAACCAAGAAGGCAACGUUUUUUGUUUUGUUUCGUUCUGUUUUCCUUCAGAAGCAACCAUGAUAGCAGCUGGUACUUACCAGCCCUCACUGUACAGGACCAAAUAGGAUACCCCAGUGGUGCAUGUUGACGUCCUUCUGGAAGACAACAAUUCCAAGUAAUUUGUGCAUGGUUGUAGGGUCCUGCCCAUAAUUCCAGCAUGCAUUUCUUCAGCUGUCCCAAGUUUUGUAUGUGAACUUCUGUGACAUCCAGGACGGGCAUUAUGCAAAAGCACAAAAGAGGAUCUAUGACAAUCAGUGUCGCUGUGAAAGAAGAACAAGGAGGGGGGGGUGGGGACUGUCAAGGAUCCUCAAUACUUGGGCAAGGCGAGAUGUACCACAACCCUUGCGUGAUCGGGACCCAGUAUGGAGCACUUAGAUUGUCGAUCAAUGAUUAUCAGGAUGCUGACUCAUACUUUGGAGUUAAAACUAUGUACGCCUAGAAUGCAUUUAGAUCCUGUAUACAUAGCUGUAUCUCUCUAGUGCAAAGCGCCGCCUAUGUAUGGUAUACUGUGUUCUCCAUAUGUUGAAAACAAUGAACCUCUUCUGAUCAAUGCAAAGUUCUUUAUUUCUAAACUUAUGCAAACUUUGAAACUGCUUGGAAAGACUCUCCUGCCUUCCUCGGGGAAUUUCGGCAGUCAAUAUUCAGGACGGGUCUCUCGAACUACUUUGGGUUCUUUCCCGAUUUUCAUGGAUGAUGGGUCUUAUUCUCCUGCAUAGACAUGAAGCUCAAACCAAUCAGAUGUGCCAACAGGCCAUUCAUUCACGUGAAUGCUAUAACAUAAAGAGGCAGAUAACAUUUUCAUGGUCGGGGGAGAGAGAGGAAUGCCCCCAGCCUACUCAACGAAAAGAAACAAGAGAAAAGAGAGGAAAAGAAAAUCCAUGUGGUCCAAUCCAAGCAUUGAUGUUGUUUUGCUCAAUCUUUACGUUUCAUAAAUGUAGAUGCAUAGAUGUAUUGAUAGUGCCCAGUGCUGAGAAUGUGACUCCUCCUACGUUAUUUUAUUUUCUGCCUCCCUUUAAGCAAUCUAGGAUGUGAAUGAUGUUCUAGAAUCUCCCAGAGUGCCUGUGUGUGUGGGUGGCUUUCCGAUUUUCCAUCAAGCAACUGUACCUCAGUGAAUCUACUAGUGUUUAAUGACCUUUGACACCAGUUGUGCCAUCUGUUAGGGGUGAAAACUGACUUUUCUUGUGUCAUUGUAUAAAGCUUUCCUUUUGCAUAGAAUUGGUUGUGCUCCCCGAGAAGGCACAGAAUAGCCCUUUCCAUAGAUGUAUUUCAACAAGAGGUCAUUGGUGUUUGAAAUAUUUCUGCUUGGUAGAAAUACCCAUUGGCCAAAACUCCACCCAGGUUAGAUUAAAUUGAUCUUUAAAUUGAUCUAUUGUGUACAUAAAAUGAAAGUAUGUUUACUCCUCCUAAACCAAAUGCUUGUGGAUUAAUCCCUUGUGGGUGGUUGUUACUCCUACCAAGAGCUCCAUGCAAACUACCAAAACAAGUACCAAUGCCUAGAGGCUAUAUUAAAAAUAGUAAAAGAGUAAAUCUUAAUAUCUAGAGCCAUAAAUUGAUUUAAAAUUGUGGGAAAGAGGUGCCAUUGUCCUCAACCCCAUGACAAGCUAAUUCCUGAAGUUGAAUUCCAUUCCUUUGGUUUUAAUGUCUCUCAGCUCUCUGAAUUUCCUAAUAGUGCAUUCAUGUAAUACACAUCAACAUUAAACGUUCUGCAUGAAGGCACUAAUAUGGUGUUAGCACGCCUUUUUGAUGUCUGGUGCCAAGUCUUCUAAAUAUCAACUUACUGACAUGAACUGAUAUUACUCAGUUACUCUCGCAAAGAAAUGUCAAAAGGUGUCUCCUUUACCAAUCCCUACUGUGUGCACUUGCAAACUACUUACUCGAGAAUAAUGAGAUUAUACAAAAUGAAUGUGUACAUUCCAGUCUGAUGUUCUGGUAGCAAGCUUAGACCAUGCCAGGGAUGGAUCAACAAUGGGUUAAUAUAUACUGGGCAAAUGGAAACAAAAAAUAUCAUAAACAAAUAUCCUGGCUCUGUGGAAUGAAUUAUUUGGAAUUUUGGGCAUUUUCUCCUUACUUAUCUAAGUUUUUCUAAUUUAUAAUGACUCUUUAUUAAACUGAGUGGUUUGUGUUUGGGUUUUUUUUUCCCGUUACUCUGUUAAUAAUUUUUGCUGCUCUGCAAAUAUUUUAGUGGCCUUGAGCAAGUACAGUAUCAAACCCUAAGUAUAUACUUGUAUGUAUUAUUCAAUACCUCAUAUUGUCCUUGCUCUGUAGUAUAUUAGUGACAGGAAUGAUCCCCUCUGUGGGGUUAUGUUGAUAAUUCUGGUUUAUUCCUUAUUUUUCUGUAGUUUAGUCUCUUCAUUGUUUUAAAGCAUACCAGUCUUCAGUUCCGCCCCCCACUCCAGUCACUAAACCAUAUGGAAUUUUUCUAAACAAUAAAAUAACCAGAGUACAGCUCCUAGAAACAUUUGUAAGAUAUAUUCUAUUUAUAUGCCUUCUAUUUUUUGUUAAUUUUUCUCUCUUCAAUUUUUUUUGGCACAUGAUAUUCAUGAAAAUAUCUUGUUUGGGAGUGUUUACCACAUGGGCUGCAAGCCAUAGACUCGCUUUAUUUUAAUAGCCUGAUGGAGGUCAGAAUAUAUUUUUUUAUUCCAGAAAGGGAAAAUUAACUUAGUUCCUAAAAUGAGUAAUUAUCAAGGGGAAUAAAUCACACAGUCAUUUUAAAGAGAGACCGCAUAAUAUAAUUGAUAGAGAACUGGUUUUGAAAUGAGUAUGAGUUCAAUUCUUACCUCUGAUAUUUCUUGGAGUGAUGACCCCUGGGAAUCCUCUUUGUUCAUCAGUGCCCCAGGUAACAGUUUAAAACUAAUAUUUUCAGGCAAGUUGCCAUCCUUCAUUGGUGGAGGAAGUUUCCACACCAGGAGUUUUCUACAAACAGAUGAAAAUUAUACUUCUUGGCCAAAGCAUCUUAACAUAUGAUUUUUAUAAAACUAUUUUGCUUUGACAUGUUGAAGCUUUUAUAAAUACUGAAUUUUAAAAGAUAACAGUCCAUCAGUGCUUGAUCCUUAACAACAGAUCUCAACUGUGUAUUUUCGAGUGGUUUAUAUAGUUUGAUUUCUAAGGGAUUCAUAAAAUGGUAAAUUUAGCAAGAGGCAGCAAUGCAUGUACUGUUAUAAUUUUCUAUUUUGUUUAUCCAUUAUCACAAGUGACCCUUUGCAAAUUUCGCCCUAAUACUUUGCUUUUGUGUAUUGCUUUGCUUUCAAGAGUAUUUUUAUAUACACCCUCAUUUUAUUCUCACCUAAGGGAGAAGUUGGACAGAUUAUUGCCAUUUCUCAUUAUAGAUAUGGGAAAAGUGAAAUCAAAGUUAUAACAUGACUCAUGAUAUCUAGUUAUCAAGAAAACUAGAAUUGGAAUCUUCCAUCUUUCUCCCUCAUUACCUGGCCCCCUUAUAUAUUACAUACUGUAAAUGGUUACAGUAACUAAAAACAGGAGAUUGUGUCUACAUCUGAUCAUAAGAGCUGAAAAGUAAAAAUAUUAAUUAUUCAAAAAUUUGAUUAUUUCAUCAAAAAGCAUGCCAGACACUUGAAGAAAGGAUUAGGCAUCCUAAAAUAUACACCAUAAAUAUAUAUUUUACAUGACAGCAUAUACAAAUGAAAAUUUAACAUUUCCAUGAGUUACCUAUACAUUUGAUCUAUUUUAUACAAUACUAAAAAUCUAGAUGUUGGGAUCUAUUUCAAAAUAAAUGGAUAUUGAGAAAAGACCAAAUUUAUGAAUGAUUAAUAUUUUUAACUUUUCAGCUUCUGUGUAAGUAGGUGUAGACAUGGCCUCGAUUUUCUAGUUGUAAUAAUUAACAAUCUGAUUUACUCGUAUUGGAAAGCUUCCUAGUUGAUGUUGUUGCAGAUGUCUUCAGGUAAAUCUCUAUGCAGAAUGUGGGCAGAAUGAAGUGAUGAAAUCAUGUCCAUGUAAAUCAUUGAUGGAAACAUUGGAUGUAGACAUUUUGACAAAACUGUGUGUAAAAGUCUUUACAAAAGGGCUCUAUAAUAUUAAGAGAAUGAGACAUAGUAUGGUUUUUUUUUUCUGUAUCCCAUUAGGAACAGUAAAUCAAAACUAAAGAAGGAUUUCAUCCUAUUCUUUGUUUCAUAAAUUGCAUAAAUUUGAAUCUAUUAAUAUAUAAUCAUCACUGAUAAUGUAAGACUCCCUUAAAUAAGUCAUAGUGUUUGCAGGUGUUUACAUUUUUCUCAUUAAAUACUUAUCUGAGUUUACAAGACUAUAGUGAUGACACCAGGAGAGGACUGAGGAAAUGGAAAAUGAAUCAGUGAACACUUAUUUUCCCUUGACAAAGGGGAGUGAUGAAGUGAGUUGUAUGGCAAUAUAAGUUGGGAUAAAUACGACAAGGUACAAAAGUAAUAGUCUCAUUAUUCCCUAGCCUUCAGAAAAUAUAUUUCAGUAGCCUUUUAAUUCUAUUUUAGAGCAAUCAAUAUUUUAUACAGCAACAAAUAAAGAUGUAUAGAGUUACAUGAAAACAUCUUAAAAGUAGAACAAAAGAUCUUCAUUUGGACUCUGAAAAUUUGCAUGCAAGCUAAGUUUUCUUUCUUAAUACCUCAAGAGAAGAUCUGUAAUUUUGCCAGUUUGGAAGCUCUUUCCAUUGGCCAGGAACUUCUAUAGAUUAUCUUAGAGAGUUGAUUUGAUUGCAAAGUUCAUCAUGUUGCCAACUUGCUGAAGUUCUCACCAUUGCAAUUCCUUAGCAAGAACAUUUGGUAAACUAACAAAUAAUUUCAAUAAGUUGACAGAAAGAUGAGUAAGUCUACUUAAAAGAUAAACUUUGAAAUCUAUUAAAACCUCUUCACAACAUUUUUACAUAAACUAUAUGCUAAUUAUCAACUAUUCUUAUGUAAUUAUCAAAACAGGACAUGAUUAAGACAAUACUUUACUGGUCAAAUUUCUACUUACAUUUGAUUGUCAUAUUUGCUUUCAAAUUAUUAUAUUAUCCAGGCUUUCAUGAAAUCCAAAGCAAAUGAUAGUUUACUCAAUUUUUGUGAGUUAAUGAGGCUUGACUAACUCUUCUUAAUUGGUAGUCUGUGUUGUGUUAUUUAUAGAUUCAGGACCAGUUAGCCUAAAAAAAAGAAACCAAACAAACUGUAUCAUGGCAGCCUUCAUUCAUACUGUCUUCAAAAUCUUUGUAAAGUUUGACUCUCACUGUUUAGGUAAGGACUAUCUUUCAAAAAUCAAUUUCAUUUGCCAAAAGCUGGAUGACAAAUAACUUAAAGUUAAAAUACACAACACUGAAGUCUAUACAUUCAUAGAUUUUAUUUUUAAAUGGACAUUUCAAGCAAUUUCCCAUCCUGCUUUGGAUUCACUUUUUCAAGUUUCAGAGUCAUUUACAUAGAUAAUAAAGCAAAUUUAAACUCAAACCCUUCUAUAAGUAAUUGUGCCAAGGUCAGAAAUAAUAAGUGACAACUUUUGACAAAUAACUUACUCUUCUCUAAGUUUAUCGAAUCAUAUUUUGAAUCAAUAUAUUGCUCUAACUUUCCUCUUCUUUUAUUUAUUUAUUUUUGCUAGCCAUAGCCAAGUAGUAUAAUAGAACUACCUUUUUGUUCAAUUAUCUACUAUGUGGGAAUAGCAACUUCCUUAAAAAAAUAAAUAAAACUAAUCAAUUUAGAAAAUGGGAUCAUUAUUAGUUCUUCAUCAGAUUCUUUUCUAUUCUGUCCAAUUUGUUUACUGCAUAAAAAUAAACAUAUUUUAGGUAAAUAUUCAGUUCCUAAAUUAGUAUCUUAGCCUAGUAGAUGUUUGUAAAAAUCUGUUAAAUGGAGUAAAUGAGUGAUUGUCAUUAUUUUAGCUUCUAAGAUAAAUUUGAAGAGUUGUAUUUAUUUGAAAAUAUCUGAUCCACGUCUAAAAAUGAAAAAAAUGUAAAUCUUUUCUAAAAAAACAAUUACCAUUUGUUUGUUGUAGAUGGAAUAUGAUUAUUUUAACUUCUUUGCUUCUGCAUAACAAAACAUAAUUUAAGUCUUGCAGUUAUGUUGGUUAUACAUAUGGCCUACUCCCUCCAUGAAAACCAUAAACAUUUUUCUGUUAGAUUAAUAAGAUCAUGGAUUUAAAGUGAAGGACAUUAGGCAUAAUAGAGUCCAACCAUCCCCCCAUAUUUAUAGAUAAUGGAAUCAUAAAUUUCAAAUUGAAAAGAAUAUUGAGGUCAUUUCAAACUCGCAUAGAUAGAUCUCUGGGGGACCAUGUUAACUUAGAAAAUCACAAAUUAAUAUUAUACGUGUUGGAGUUUUAUGUAUUUUAUUAAACAUUUCCCAAUUACAUCUCAAUCUGGUUCAGGCUACACUCUGGAGUCUUGUUGGUUGGGAGUUUGGCACUUCUAACUUGUCCUUUUGCAGAUGGGAAACUGCCCAAGAAAGAUAGUAAACACUUUGCCCAAAUAUCAAGAAAGAAACAAGAAAGCAGAGCCAGUUUUCAAAUUCAGACCAUCUCACUCUAAAUCUAUCCUAUAAUAUAUGACACAGCACUGUGAGAAGUUCCUAAAUCAAACAAUGGAUGAGCAGCUAAUUAUGACACACCAGAGCAGCAUCAAGUCGGAUGUAAAUAAUCGCAGUGACAUUCUGAAUAUGCAAGUUCAUCAUUGGUCUGCGGAGUUGAAAGACUGAGUUGAUAGGCAUCAUGGGGAAACCGUCCAGACCAUAGCUUUUGGUCAAAUUGAUUAGCAAUAGUCAAUCUGUUCAGAAUGAGAUUGGAAUAAUUAAUAUUCCUAUGUCUUUGCACAGUAGUGCAAGUGAAUACCCAAUUAAUUAAAUUAACGGCUCCGAUAACUGAAAGUUAUUAUUGGAAAUAUCCACAUUGUGUGCCUAAGCAUCAUCGAAGACAUCUGGCUUAGCCUGACCGGACUCUAGUCAGGUUAAUGUUCUUGCUAAUCUCUAACGUACUUAUGUAACGUAGACAUUAUCUUCGAUAAUUCAUUAAUUAUGCUCCUUUUUUAAGGUGGAUUUUUUUUUAAGAGAAAGAUUUGGAACAAAAAUAAAGUUAGAUCUAUCUGCCUUGUGUGGGUAUGACUGUAGCUGCUAAUCUAGUCAUUAAUUUUUUCUUCCAUCAUGGAUUUCUUGAUGGAAAAAGCCCUCAGGGGAAUGUAGAGUCCCUCCCCUCAAGGAGCUUCCAUGCUGCUAGGGAGUGCAAUCGGUUCAGUAGGACAAUGUUUAACUUCAUUAUAGAUUAAAAUCUGGUUGUACUAUCACUUCUCCAAAGUCUGAUUCCUUUUUUCCCUCAAGUCCGGUGUGUGGUACACCAUUUAAAUAUUGCACAACGGAAAGACGCGUUUUUUUAACAAAUCAUUCAAAUACUAAUGGUAUGAAUUGUAAGAGUUAGACAAGGUAAGCAUAGGAAUACACUGACUGGAUUUCUUGUUACAAGAGAAUCAUUUCUCAUCGUGAUUAUUUUUGAAAACAGGUCAAGUCUCUGCAGCCGAAAUAAUUGCAGAUUGUACAAUUAUCAGGUUACUUUAGUUUUUUCUUUUUUAAAAAUCAGAUUAAUUAGUUAAUUUUGGGGAAAUUUUUAUUUAAUUAGUUAAUUUUAUCAAGUUAAUUUAAAGGGUCAGGAGGGGCAGAUCUGUCUUUAUCUGAAAUUUGGAGGCUGCUAAAUCAACAGUUCAAAUCUUUUCUAGUUGGUCAUAACUUUAUAUACACACAUAUCUAUUCUUGUGUGCUAUGCGUUCAUGCAGUCAGAGACCAGCAUGGAAUAAGUGGCUAGAGAGCUGACUUUAGAGUCCCAAAGACCAGGGUUCAAAUCCUUCCUUUGGUUUCUCUGACUGUGUGAAUCUAGGCAAAUCGUUUCACUUCUCAGUGCCUCAAGCAAGUGUCUUAGACUCUAGAGGUUGCAGAGCCAGGGCUGAUCCUUUCAAGGGGGCAAGGACUGAAUUUAGACAUGCACACACAGGAGAGACAACUGGGCAUAGUGAGCUGAAUGCCAUAGUUGGAGUCAGGAAGACCUGAGUUGGAAUGUUCUCCCCAACACUAACUCUGUGAUCUCAGGAAAGCCUGUGUGUGUGUGUGUCCCCCCACAUCAUGGCAAGGUAACGGCCAGCCUCUAUGAAGGCAGUCCUGAUAGUGGGAGUCACCAGUGAAUAUGUGUGUAUGUAAAAUCAUGAGCUAGAGAUGGCAUUUUCUUUGUAUUGUGGACUAUAUUUAUUAACCUAAAGUACAUUUACCUACAAGCCAACUUCUACAUUAACAGAUUAAUUGAUGGCAACCCAAAUUAAAACCCUUUUAUUUUUUCUUUUUAGAAUUUUAGGAAGGAAAAAAGUUUUUUUAGAAAAGGAAAAUGAUCUCUCAGCAAUGAAAGCAUUUACCAAAUAAAUGAUUUUGUGUUACCGUUUACCAGAAAAAUGUUUUCUAUGGUAUGCCUUUUAAAAUUAUUCAGUAAAUAUUGAGUAAGUAUGUAUUAAAUAUGAAAUUUUUAUUCCAUUCUAGCCAAGCACUAACAAAAUGGAUUUUUCUAAGUAAGAAACUUUAUCUUCUGUAUUUUAAGCAGAACAAAUUUGAAUUUUGCCUCUGAUAAUAAAAUUUUGUACAGUAA